AUGGUAUGGCAAUCCUUAGCAUGUAACAGGUUACCAGCAGAAUUUCUUCUUACUUUAGUUGGCUCGGAUUCUUCUUAUACAAACGCUAAAGUUGAUUGCGAAUCUAGAACUAAAAAUUCUCUAAAGGGAUUAAAACAUAGAUAUUUAUUUACCGUAAAUACAAGACAAGAGUUUGAAUUCAUUGCAACUUCUGAUCCAGAUUUUGUUAGUCAAAACAGUUUUUGGAUUGCUGCAGCAUCUUCAUCUGAUGAUAGAAAUGGUCCAGAGGCGGGAAUGGUUUUUUAUGAAGCUCAAAAUGAAAGAUGCUCAGGAUAUUGUUUAUGGGGAAAUGGUGAGCCAUAUUACUCAACUUCCCUUGAAUACUAUGUUCACUAUGAUAAAAAUAGAAAAUCUUGGAAUAAUAAUGAAAACAGUUUCAUUAGACUUCCAUAUGUCUGUGAAUAUGGAAAUUUGGAUGAUAUAAUCCCCUUAUCCGCCCCUACCACAGGAGGUCAAGUUGUAUUUACAAUUCCAAUAAGUAUUACAUUUUAUGAUAACGAUAUAUUCAAAAUCAAUAUGACCAAGCUUUCCAACCCUUCGAUUGUAAUGAGUUGCACCAAUCCCGUACCAAGUUAUUCUAAAGGAACUGUAGUUUGCGAUGUUCCUGCAGGAACAGGUAUUUGGAACGUAACACUUACUAAGAAUGACGUUCAAUAUGCUUCCAGCUUAUAUUCAUAUCAAAGACCUUUGGUUCAAUUUAUUAUACCUGACUUUGUUAAAAAUGAAGUUCUUAUCUAUGGUCUAAACUUUGGAAAUGAAAUGUAUGCCAAACCAUCAUUUACUUUCAAAGACUCACGAUCGAAUUGUACAAACGUUGUAAAGAUGUACGAUGGCUCCUAUAAGUGCACUCUACCAUCUCUAACUUCUUUUGAUAUACUAUUACCUCUGACAGUGGAAGUUGAUAAGUUAAAUUCAACUUUCUUUAAAGUACCAACUUCAUAUGAAAGCGGAAGAUUUAUUAGUUAUUGGCAUACACUAAGUACAUAUGAUGAAGCAGUACAAAUUACAAGAAAUAUGUCAAUUAACGGAAUAUACAGUACCCUUACCUAUUUUAAUACCAAGGCUGAACAGGAUUUUACAGCUAUAGUAUUUCCAUAUACCAAUAUGGAUAUCCCCGAUCUUGGUGUCUGGACUUCACUUUACUGCAAUAGUACUUUAUCUAUUGUCAGUUUGUAUGGUGCAGACGUUGGUAAGGAAUUGUUUCCAUACUCUCAAUAUGCCCCUACCUUUAACUUGGCUGCUCCUUAUAUUUUUGUUUAUUCGUUUGGUAAUCAGACUCUACUCCCAACUUUGCAGCCCAACCGAAAUACCGAACACAAUUUCAUAUAUGAGUACUAUGUAAAGGCACCAAAUUACGCUGCAAAUCUGACUCACACUCUAGGAACUCAAGGUGGAUUGGUUAAUGUGUAUCUUCAGGAAUUGAUGACUCCAGGAUACAGAUAUUUCACUCUCAAUGGCCAAUCGUACCCGAUUACAAGUAACCCCGAAAAUCCAGUCUACAGUAUUCAGAUUCCUGCUGGUUACGGAGGACCUUAUCCUUUGGUUGUCGGUGUCGUAUCGUCAUUGGGAAAUGUAACCACCACCUCAACAUCUAAUUAUGUAGCGUAUCUAACACCCAACCUCAAUUCCAUAAGUCCGUCUUCAGUUCCAACAUCAGGAGGUAUCGUAGUACUUACAGGUAGCAAUCUAUACAACAAUGAAUCCAUGAUCAGAGUAUAUUUCAACGGUGUAUCAUUGCCUGUUACAUUUAAAACUCCUCAUACACAAGUUGCAGUAGUCAUCCCUCCAGGAGCUGGUUUUAGUACAACCUAUAUUCGAUUUAAUGGCAUUAAUACAGGCAGUGUCCCAUUUGGAUACACCGCUCCUUUAAUUACAAAUUCUUCAACUAUCUUUGCCAUUGGUGGACCUAUAACAAUUACUGGAGAGAAUUUUUAUAUUGAUCCAGCACUUAUAUUCGUGUGGAUUGAUGGUGUUAAUUGUGAUAGCGUUAAGAUCUUGGAAGUAGAUCAAACAAUUAGUUGUAUUUCCAGACCAACCAACAAGAACAUUGUAGACAUUGUAGUUGCAGCUAACUACUCCUCUAGUGCACCAUUCAGCAAAGCUGUCAGUGAACCUAAAAAUCCACUAGUUUUAGUUGCUUCUCAGGGUCAAAAGAAUAGACAGACCUUGAUUACCAUCUUUGGAAACUAUUUCUUUGGAGAUAACCUUACUAUUACCAUUGGAGGGGAGAAAUGUGACCAACCAACUUUCAUUAAUAGUACCACACUGACUUGUUUAUUCGCUGGAAAUGCUCCACAGCCUGAUAUCUACCAACCCUUGUUUGUGAACGUUACAUCCAAUGAUCUCUCUGGGGGUGCUUUUGUAUUCAACUACAAGCAAGAUAAAGCAUGUGAAAUCGUAUGUAAGCACGGUACUUGUGAUACGGAAACAGGUACUUGUCGUUGUGAAGCUGGUUGGACAGAUAUGGGUUGCGGAACACCAACUACGCCAGGUGGCAAACCAACUGAAAACAAUGGUACAACAGUCAACCCUGCCAACGUUAAUUUCACAUCUGCCAUAACUCAUCUUAGAGAGGUUGGACCAACUGGUUUAAUAAUAAAAACCGUACCGUUGUCAACUAUCAUCUGGGCAAGAAACAAUGUUACCGGGGAAUAUACAGGUACUUUCAAAAACGAGACUGUUGUCAUUAGAAUGAAUGUUACCAUCUAUGAAAACCCAACGGUAGUCAAUUUCGCAGGGCAAGACAUAUAUAUCCAAUCGAAUUCCAGCAAGUUUGUGGUCCAUCUCACCAAUUGGACAUUUAGUGAGCGACUAAACGACCUUCAAGUCAUCUUUUUGUCAAAGACUGAUGAAUCCAUUGAAAAUGGUUGUAAAAGAAUCCAAACGGAAUCUACCUCUGUUGACGAUCAAUAUCAAAUUGUUGCUGGUGAUUCAGUUCUACAAGCCAAGUUUGCAAGCUACCUAUUUAUUGACAACCGUAUCGUUAGAUCAAGAAGAUUUGUUUUGGGAGAAGAAGACCCAAUUGUUGUAGAGAACAAAAAACCUGGAGUGUAUGCUCUUGCCACGGCGGUGGUAAUCUCAUACUUUGAAAAAGAUGCAACUUUUGACCCAUCUUUCAACUCACUGCUAACAUCCAAUUAUGGAUCCGGUGAAUGUAAAGACGACAAUUGGAAGAUGAUAGUCAUUAUCGUUUGCACUGUGGUCCCAGGUGUGGCAAUAAUUGCGGCACUUUCAAUCUAUCUCAGAAAGAGAUACAAGAAAAAACAAUACCUUAAAGAUAUGAAUAGGAAAUUAAAAGCAUUAAAUUAA